UGACUUGUCUGAGUCUAUUUCCUCCAGUUCAAACAUGGCUGUCUUGUAUCUGUAUCCCUGACGAUCGGAAUUUCCUUUUUGUUUAUUUACUUUAUCGUGUAUAUCCAAAUUAUUUGGUACCACUUAAACGUUUCUUAAUUUAAAAAUAAACGGCAUUAUUGUAAAUUACUCUCAACCCUAAGUAACGCAAGUCAGAUUGUCUGACCGAAACUUUUGGUGUCAAGCUGUCAGAACGUCAACAAAACCAAAUACGGAGAUAAUUCGGAAGGAUUUUGAAAAGGGUUGACCGAUAUUCUAACACAGGUUACACUAGUUAGAUCUGUUUGAACAUAAUUUCCCAUUUUAAAAGAGGGAAAUGAUGGCAACAGAGGAAAAUGAAAUAAUUGGAUGUGCCUCUGAGUUUAUCAAAGAUCGACUAUAUUUUGCUUCUUUGAGGACAAAACCAAAGUCAACUGCACGCACACAUUAUUUCUGUGUUGACGAGGAGCUUGUAUAUGAAAAUUUCUAUGCAGAUUUUGGGCCUGUGAAUCUGGGGUUGCUGUAUCGUUAUUGUUGUAAAGUAAACAAAAAGUUGAAAUCUUUUUCACUGGGGAAAAAACGGAUUGUGCAUUAUACCAGCUUUGAUGCACGGAAACGAGCAAAUGCUGCAUUUAUGAUAUCAUCAUAUGCUAUAAUUUAUUUAAAGAAAACUCCAGAAGAAGCUUACAGACCUCUUGUAGCAGGUUCCAACCCUCCUUUUUUACCAUUCAGAGAUGCUUCCUUUGGACCAUGUUCUUACAAUCUUACUCUCUUGGACUGUUUGCAUGGUUUAAAUAAAGCACUUGCUAAUGGCUUUUUCAAUUUCGAAACAUUUGAUGUUGAUGAGUAUGAGCAUUACGAGAAAGUGGAGAAUGGUGAUUUAAACUGGAUUUUGCCUAACAAAUUUCUUGCUUUUUGUGGUCCACACCCAAAGUCAAAAGUAGAAAAUGGUUACCCUCUUCAUGCCCCAGAGUCCUACUUCCCGUACUUUAGAAAACACAAUGUCACAGCAAUCGUCAGAUUGAAUAAAAAAAUCUAUGAUGCCAGGCGGUUUAUUGAUGGUGGAUUUGAACAUCAUGAUCUCUUCUUUAUUGAUGGCAGUGUCCCAAGUGAAUCUAUUGUUAAGGCUUUUUUAGAGUUAUCAGAAAACACAGAAGGAGCAGUAGCAGUACAUUGUAAAGCUGGCCUAGGAAGAACGGGAACAUUAAUAGCUUGCUACCUCAUAAAACAUUACAAGUUUACAGCAUCUGAAGCCAUUGCUUGGUGUAGAAUUUGUCGUCCUGGUUCUGUUAUAGGACCGCAGCAAAACUUUCUUGAAGAAAAACAGACCUGGUUAUGGAAUUUAGGAGACAGAUUCAGGGAGCAAAACACUAAAACUACUAAAAGGGAGCGACAAAGCUCAGUUUCUAAACUACUGUCAGGUGUUGAUGAUAUGCGAAUAGAUGACCCUGCUGAAAAUGAGAAUCGUUACUGCAGUGUCUAUGACAAUCUUCAUUCUGGUCCAGUGACAAGAAGUUCUGGUGGAGAAACUCAGGGAGAUAAAUUAAAUCAGCUCAAACUGCUGAGAGGUAAACAUUCACGAUCUGCAACAACUGGAGCCAUUGUCCCUUCCACUUCCUCCUGCUAUACCCUCCCUCACAGUUUUGAGGAUUUAAAGAGCCACAAGCGCUCCACUACUCAGCCACCCCGGCAGAUAAGCAGCAAAAGUGCUCAGGGUGUAGUAUCUCCUUUAAAAUCCUCCAAAGUGUACAGCCACUCCUCAGCUAACAGUCUGAGUAACACAGGCACUGCAUCAGUGACUGGUAAAAGACAUGUCCCAAGGCAUAUAUCAACUACUUCAGGGACCAGUGGGAAAAGAAAACAAGCUUACAGUUUAAGGAAGAAUCUAAAUGCCAGCCUUUCAUCAGCUCGCUACUUGGGGGAGUCUGCAGGGGAUCAAGGUCACCAUUUUAGUCUAAUGGGAUCUUCAGCUGACAACAAUUAUCUCACAGCAAACAACUCUUCCUGGCCUUACAAAUAUCACUUACGCUCCAACCACACAAUCAGUGCCGCUCUCCCGUACUACUAAAGUCACUAUGGUUCGAUAACGCAAGCAAAACUAAACUGUGAAAGUGUCCAAGAGCUUGCAAGAAAUGCUGUUGCCAUCCUGAGUAGAUAGAUGAAACAACCCCCUUUUGAUGUUAAAGUGUUGUCUUUUUAUUUAUUCAGAAACAUGAUUAUGGGAAACUAUUUGUCACUUUCUAAUUUGUAAUUUUUAGGAAAAAGAAUGUUUUGAACAUUCUAUCCAUUGUAAUUGUUGAGGGUCUAAUAACACAAUCUGAAACAAAUUGUUUUAGGUCAUUGUGCAUAUAUAUAUAUAUAUAUAUAUAUAUAUAUAUAUAUAUAUAUAUAUAUAUAUAUAUAUAUAUAUAUAUAUACACAUAUAUAUAUGUGAGUAUGUAAACAUUAUAUAUAAAUACAAAUAUUUAAAGAUAGCAUGAUUGUCAAGGCAGCUGAUAAGGCUUGAGCAGAGAAACCAGGAUUUUGUUUACAACCACAGAAUCACACUUUCUUACUGGAGUUCUUAAAAGAAAUAUCGAUACAUCCCUGACUUUGAAACACUGUGAUCUUUGCUCAGGCUCUCCAAAUUCUAGAUUUUCGUCUCCAUUCUCUGUGUUCAUUGCAUCAACCAACAUCAGCAACAUUUUAGGCUAUGAGUAAUUCCUUGGACAGAUUUAUUUCUAAGGCAUUGUUAAGGCGUAAUUAAUUCUCUUGAAGUAAUCUUCCCUCAUUCAUUCUCCUUGAUUGCUCCUUAAAAUGGCAAAUUUAUUCAAAUACAAGUCUUGGUCAUGUGGCCUUAGUUUGAACCAACAUUUGUGGCAACUGUCAUCAUUGUAGAUAGCUUGACAUUUUUAAAACUUUUCUAAAACAGAAGUUGAAAUAAUUACACCCAGAUCAUCAUUUUCUCUUCUCUCUUAGCGUGAUCUUACACUUUAACCUAAUUGUUAAAAUAAAGGAUUUUUUUUAUUUUAUGGCAUUAAAACUAAAAAGCCAAACUAAUGAUUGGUAUGCUAUUUAUUUAUAUUGAAGCAAUGAAUUUGUUAUAGUGAAUAGUCACAUAUGCUCCUAUGUUGUUUUAAUCAUUUUGUUAGUCUUAAUUGUAUAUAGUAUAAAAACAUAUUAUAAAUAUAUACAUUUCUUUUAAACAACUUCUUUUAUAGUAUAGAAAUAUUUUACAUAUUUUGUGUGUGUGUAUAUACAUUAAUAGUUGUGUAUCCAAGCAUUGCAGUAUUUACCAGAAUACUUAAUGCAGUGGUACUCAUAACACUGAGUUAACAUGUUACGAAGCUAUCACAUUUGGUAACAUUCAGUUGUAUUAAAUAUUGAUAUAUUGUUUGGUCUGAUUUGUUUCUCUCCAUUUCUAUACAUUCAACAGUCUUGAUAUAGCUGAGUCUCAUUAAUCAGUUUGAUCUUUUUUUGUGUGUUUUACAAGCAAACGCAGUCCCUGUAAUAAAUUAAUCCCUAUAUAAAUUAGAUUCCUUUGAAGUAAGUAGCUGUUUGAAAAAAGUCUGGUUAAUAUAUAGGAUUCAUCUUAUUAGUGUGAAUUAAUUGUGUGUAUUGAACCUAGAACAUCUUGUAGGAUGAAAUUUGAAACUAACUCAACUAGUUAUGCUUUCACUCAAAGUACCUAUCAGUGUCCAAACUUCUUUCUUUAAAAUAUAUCAUCACUAAACCUGUAACAAUGCUCAUAUUUGUUACAUCGGUCUUUUGUUUGAAAGCUGUACACCAAAUAAUCUUGUACAAGACAUGCCGGAGGUAUUCACUAAGUAACAUCAAAGAAGUUCAAGUCCAGUGUUUUAGAAACAGUCAAAACAUUCAUUACAUGUUUCUAUAGGAGCUAAAAGUAUGGCUUAGAGAACAAUUUUCAUAGUACACAAUCAGUAGCACAAAAUCCAAUUACAAAGUGUUGAAAUUGAAGUUUUCAGUUGGAAACUUUGCUAGAUCUGUCCCUUGUUUAUGUUGUUUUAAUAUAUUCUGUUUUGGUUGUAAGGCCAAUGAUUAUUACUAAUGAUUGUAAAUUCAAUGUUCAUUAAAGUAUGCAGUUGUCAUUGUAGGCUGAAGUGCAUACAAAUAACAUUAAGCCGAGCCACUACAAAAUAUUAUUGUGUGUAUAUUUAUACAAUUCUAUGUGCCAUGCUGAAUAGUGGAAGUUUUUUUUAAUAAUUGUAAUUUUAUUUUUUAUGCAUGCGACUUAAUCAAUAUUCAAACUCCAAGUGCACUUGUGGAACAUUUUUAUUACUUCAAGGUUAAAUCGGUCAGUGUUUCCCACCUACUGGGUUACAACAUCUACCCUCCUUUUUGAGAACCUUUAACUUCAUUGGAUACAAAACUAGGAUUGGGAAUCACUGGUCAAAGUGGUGUGAUUGUUUUGCAGCAUUGCAGUACUUCAUUUAACUACAGCCGAUUUGGUGGAGGCCUUUUGUAUUUCAUUUUGUGCAGUCCUGCUCUAGAUGAUUGUAAGUUAUUGUAUUGCCAUGUUGUGCUUAUGAGAUGUUUCUGUCCUAAUAUGAAAGGCCUACUAAAAGGAAAUAAUUUGUAUUGAAUGAAAUGAAAAUUUUUAAAAAUUGGACAAUGUUUUCCUUUACAGUUUCCAUCUGAUGCAAGAAAAAUGCAAACUUGACUGUGACUAAGCAGCAAUAUUAAAACAUUGAAAUUAAAACAUUUCUCACUUCCCCUUUUUAAUUACUAGUAUUUCAGUUGUUUAUUUUUAUUCAUUUCAUUUAUUAGUUACAGAUUUCAUUAUUUCUAAAAAAAAAAAAAAAAGUUUCAUUUCCUUGUAAUAUGGACAAUUACUUUGUCUGAAAAUCUAGUUUCAUUUACUAGAGGUUGCUAGUGAAAUAAUUUCUUUAUUUUGUAAUUAAAAUAUUUUUUUAUGGUAUAGGAAAGUGAACAUUUGUGCAAAACUUCACCUUUGGUUUAUGAGUUUUUAACUUUGAUAUAGGUUUCUGUGAUACUGCAACACAUUAUUUGUUUCUGUUGUUUUUACUUUCAUUUUGUUUUAAUAUCCUCUAGGUUUCAGUUUUGAUAUUUCUUCAACUUUUAUACAAUUUAAUUUGCUCAGUUAAUAGUUACACACAUACACACAGCCCCUUCUUUUCACAUUUGUUAGUUUUAUUUGUAUGUGAGCAUAAUUUAUAACUGCAUUAUUUUGUUUGGGAAACCCUUUGUUACCGGUAGUGUUGUUUUAAACCCAUAAUAUUAAAGCUAAAUGGCACAUUUUCCUUCAUAGCCACAAUCAUAAUAAAUUUGGGGUUGCUGGAUUGUUUGUUUUUUAAAUUGACAUCAAUAUUCAAAUCAGCAAAAUGAGCCAAAUAAAGUUUUUGUUAAGUACCGGUACAACUCAUUGGUUGGUUUUGACAGCAUACCAUAUAUAAUCUAUUCAAAUCAUGUCCAAUCAUUAAUAAUAUUGAUUUUAGCGGUACAUAGCUAUCAUGGUAACCAGUAAUGAAAGUUAUACUGGGCUUAAUAAAAGAAUAAUAUUUAACUUAGAUUGUUACAAAGAAAAAAAUUUAACUUAGUUUGUUACAAAAAUAAGUAUUUCAGUAGGCUAUAAUUAAAAUGGGAUAUUGAAACAAUUGUAAAUGCUUUUCUGUUGUGCAUGAGAUUACAAUAAACCCCAUCCAUUAUAAGAAAUUUUCUGUAAAUAAUGAGCGCAGUUGUUUUGUAUAUGGUUCUGUAGAACAAGCUGUUAAGUUGUAUUAAAGCUCAACAAAUUAAAAAUAAUUACAGCAAGGGGGGUGGGGGAUUUUUUUUCAACUAAUGUAAUGGCCCUACAUAGAAAAUAAAUAUAUUUGCAUCUAAAAAUAGAAUUUUUUAUAUUAAUGUUGGUUAAUUUCUUAAUAUAUAUAUAUAUAUUAUUUAUCAGAGGCUUAAUUUCAUUUUUUAACACUUUGCUGCUAAUUGUUUUGCAACUAUUUAAUUUUCAAAUUGGUAUUAGAACAAUAUGUUUAACAUCAUUGUUUAAACAUUUUUUCGUAUAAAACUUUGUACAAAUGUAAUGAAAUAAAUCUACAACUUUGUUUUUUUUUACUAUUAGGUGUUAGAACAUAAUAUAUAGAACCUGAGACAGAAAACCUUGUUUGACAAGCAACACAUUAAAGUUGGUAAUAAACUGUAGUGGGAUUUUUAAAACUCUGUUCCUUUUUUUUUUUGUUUUUGUAUAAAACAUUUAAAACAUAAAUUUUGUUUCUAAUAUUAAAAAGAAACAAUUGAUUUGACAUGCAGCAUAUUCAAGUUACAUGUUUGUCCACUUCAUAAAACUAUUUUAUUUUAAAUUUAGAACCAUCUAUUAUAACUUUAAUAUAUUCACAAUACAUUUCAUGCAAAGUCUGGUGUAAAAAGGCAGGUUUUCCAUCAUGUCAUUGUAUUUCACUUUUUAGUGCUUGAAGCACUUAUUUCAGUUUUUUUUUUUUUUUUUUUUUUUUUUUUUUUUUGUUUCAUUGUAUGUUUGACCAUUCUCUUGAAUACUUUAAAUGUUUCCAUUCCUAACACAAUUGGAUGCAUUGUGUAUCAACUUUGCCAAAUCCUGACUAGUCUUUGGUUAAACAUACAACUUAUUCCAAAGUAUGCAAAAUGUGUUUUUAUGAUUCAUGUCUCAAUCUUCUCAUUCAAUUGUCAUCUUUCUGUAGGCUCAACAACAUUUUCUCAAAUUGAUCUACAUCAAUAUAAAAGCAUGUCAUUCUAAAUUAAGUCACUUUUAUUAUUUUAGUAUGUUUUAAAGUUUAGAUUUCAUCUUUAUUGUUAUAGCUGUUUAGAAAAAAAAGUUCAACCCCAAUUAAUUUAAAUUAUAUUAUUUUCUUGUACUUCUAUUUGUAUUUUUAACAAAAAAAAAAAUUAGUUUUGACUUAGUCUAUAUGCUGUUGCAAAGUACUUUAUCUAGCUUCUGACUUAACACCAGGCAUAAGCCAUGAUGCUAUCAACCUGUACCUAGUGGUAUGUACACACAAGGUCUAAGCACUUACCAUCCUUAUGAUCAUUGUGUUAGAUUUUUUGUUGACUGGAUUUAAACAAAACUAUUCUCAUUCUUUGUGUUGACUGGAUUUAAACAAAACUAUUCUCAUUCUUUGUUGUUCAUUGGAACUACUGUUAGAUAAUUCUAUUUAUAUAUUUAUAUAUAAUUACAGCCAUUAUACAUAUACAUAAUAUACAUACGUAAAUAAAUCUAUGCUACAUAAGAAUCUA